AUGCCUCCCCUGUACCUGGUGCCCUUUUCCCCUCAGUUUAUCUCUCUACUGUUCAUGCCUGCCUUGCCUUUCUUCCAGCCGGAUGGGGCCCCCCGCCAGGGGGCGCUGUCGCUCAGAGGGAAGCCUCCGGCGGGCCGAGUCAUUCAGGUCAAUUAUUUCGCUUUGCGCGACCAGGGCCCGGUCCUUGAAUUCGAAGGGAUCCAGUCCCUCUCCUGGGGGAAUCUGGACACAAGAGAGUCCCUAUGCCACCAAGCCCAACUGGUAGCUGCCUCGGGGGUCACCAUGCCCAUUUCCAUGGCUGCGGUCAGCCUGGGGGGCAGGGGACCGACCACCAUCUUCCAGAUGGGUGACAGAGGUCAGAGGAAAACUUCCGUGAUCGCUGCCCUCCAGACUGGUCCUGGACCUGGACGGUACAACUUGCCCUCGACCAUUGGCUAUGUCAACCACGACUGGACCAAGUGGGCAAGCCCAGCGUACUCCUUUCACCGCCGGCUUAGCAAUGGUAGUGAGUCUGCCAGCUCCGGAGCAGGCCCAGGGCCCUGCUACUUUGUGGAACCGCAAAUCACCCGUUUUGGCCGGAGCAGUGGUCCAGCCUACUCCAUGCUGGCGCGGGCCAAACCAAGGGGUCUGGAGCAGACGCCUGGUGCAGGUUCAUACAGCCCUGAGAAAGUGGCCCCCGCCAUCCGGCCAACACCCCCAUCCUUCACCAUGGGCUCCCGGACCCGCUAUCGCCAGGUGGACCCCGUCCCGGCCUCCAGUCGCUACACCCUCCCAGCCCUAUUGGGUUCCCGGCUGGCCACCAAACCCUCCAGCCCCAGCUACACCAUUUCUGGCUGAACCCCAAAGGGCAGCUUCUCAGAAGACCUGUCCCGAUCUCCCGGCCCGGGCCAGUACAACAGCACGGACCCCAAUACCUACCUGAGGCGUCGGCCAGCCUUCUCCAUGCUCAGUCGUCGCAGCAUCUCCCCGGCGAUGUUCCAGGCCCCGGGUCCCGGGGCCCACAACCCCGAACGGGUGACUGUUCACAGAGCCCGGGCCCCUGCCUAUUCCCUGGGUAUCCGCCACUCGGAAUUCAUCAACCCCCUCAUAGUGGAAGGGGCCAGAGAAGAAGAGACCCUGCCUGCAAUCCCCCUGCCCACUGUCUUCAGCACAUUUCUGAGCAGCUUUUGGCCACCCCUGGCUCAUGAUGAGCCCUCCGUUGGCUGCUGCCCCCCUGUUGGAGAUGAGCAGAAAUGUGACCUUCCAGGCUUCCCGUCCCCAUUCUUCUCCAGCAUGAUCCUGGAGGAUCAAAGAUCAAAGGAUCAAGUGGGUGACCUGAGGCUUCCUUAA